CAGGAAGAAGCUACUUUCACUUUUCAGUUUGCCACGAAGUGACGACACAGAAGGCUAUCAACAGGAUCAAGUAGGAGUGUAUGCAUAUGAAAUGAGUAUUUGAUCCAAUAUCUUGAGAAUUUGACGUGUGAGAUUACAACACACAGGUUUCAAGGAAAGGAUUACAAUCGUAACAUAUAAGAUAGAUGCAUUGGGAUAGAUAAUGCCAAUGUGAAGAUAACUGCUGUUUGGUGAAAUUAUGGCCACAUCAAAAUCAAUGAGGAAAGCUGUAUUGAACUUCGCUACUGCAACCUCCAAGAACAUUGUCAAACAAAUCACAGUGGAGUGGAGCAAAAAGAAAGUGAAGAUCUGCAGCCUGUGUGUGUCAAUAUGUACAGUAAAGACUGGGGAAGUAGUCCUCAUGUUCGUGACCUUGCAGCCAGGGGAGACAACUGUGGACCUGCCACUACAGCUGGGAACAGAGGCAGGCACGGUCAGGCUUGUUGUCCAUGGUCUGGCCGAGAAGGACUCAACACUAAGUCAGUACUACACCAUUGCAGGAAGUUGUAUCAAACAGCUUACCAAGACUAUAGCAGAAACAUCGGAUGGGAAACUGACUCUCCAGUUAUCGAACAAGCACACACUAGAUGCCACAUGUACAAAACUUCAGGAAAAAGUGGAGGAGUUUCAAAUCGGCAUCAAACAGCAACCGCCAUCUUGGUACUACGUAUCUAAUCUGCCAACAACAGGAAGCAGACAAAAGCCAUCCACACGCCAGUUUCUGAUAGUGCUUCAGCAGCGAGAGCCAUUUGAAGAGUCACUUAUGCUGCAAUCAACAGCAAGCCCCUAUGUCCAGAUUCCUGUAGCACUGCCAUCGCUGACUGACUUCGCCACCAAGGUGUACUGGGUGAAGUCAGUGCUACAGACCCAGAACUACGCACUGUACACAGUCUUCAGAAAGUCAGACACGCCUUGCUUCAGAACAUAUUUAUCCUUAGAAGAAAUGACCACACUUCACACAAGAGCCACGUCUUUGGUGCCCAAGAACAAGAAGAAAGACUUUUACUAUGUCAUCCCCUACUUCUACAGAAACAAACCCCCGGAAUACUACAGCAACAUCUUCAAGAACCGUGGCGGCAUCAUGGAGACAUACCGCAAAGACUACAACGGUGACCGAGGCUCGCCAAUCAAUGGCAACAUCGAUGGUUUGUUCUUCGGGACAGGUCUUGAUCCCAAAACACGUCUUCCUCCUGCAUUUUCCUACUAUGGACGGCAACGUCUCUACAUUCCAGCUGACAUAAUCUUCCACGACGCUGCCAAUCUGUACUUUGCUGACUUCUACUGCCACUAUGAAGUGCAUUAUGUAACUCUGGUUCUCACUGAACCUGGUUCAUCUGCUGAUGUUUUCUGCCAAAACCGCUUGUUGAAGCUUGAUCCCUACAACAACCCAUUCCUGUUCAAAGAAGCCACGGUCCUCCCACUGUCCCGGCCCGAGAUUUGUGUGACUCAUAAACUACAUGUGGAGGUCUUCUAUACCGAACAUGUCAACAUUGGGGCAUUGCAGAGAUCAAAGCCCAUGGAUGUGUUCUUCAGAGAUGUGCAACCCAUGGGGGCUGGCAAGAGCAAACCUAGUGGAAUCCCCAAAAAUGCAAAUUGCAAAAUAUGCAAUUUGAAAUGAAAUAUCAACUAAAUUGUUAUCAAUUGAUGUUCAUGAAAAAUUUCAUAUAUUUUGUAAUUCUACGAUGAAUAAGCUUUAAGAAAAUACUAAAUGUAAGAUUCUGAAAAUAUAUACAUGGGAGAAAUUUGCUGUAAAAAACAAUAUUUUGCUGAAAUCUCGCACAUUUUUUCACGUCAUUCAAUAACUGGUUACGUCUUCUACAGGUUAUACAUGAAGACAUUUAUAACAUAAGGACAAGAACCCAUUGACUUUAUUUGAACACCGUGACUGUCAUGAUAACAGUAAAAACAGCAAUUCAUUCAACAGUGGUUCAUCAUUGUGUUCUCUUCCACUCAUCCAAAGUGCUUUAUUUCAUUGUUUUAUUGGUUUGACAGUGGUUGACAUGUUUCAAACAGGUGUUAGUGUUACAUUUAUAAUUGUAAAAAGGUCAGGAUCUGAAACAAUCCACAGUAUGAUAUGUAAAACCAGACUUUAUUUUGUGUAAGAUUUUAGUGCAUUUGUAGGAAUAUUUUAUCGUGGGUAAUAAUAACAUGCAAUAAAACACAACCAGUGCAUCUAGUAAAGUGAACCUUCAUUUUGAUUGAGUAGUCAGUGUUAAUCUGUUACAUUUGUGUAAAAUAUCUGAUUUUAAUGAGAUUGAACAUAAAUAAGCUGGCAAAAUAUACAUUGUGUAAAUGU